UUUUUCUGAGUGUUUCCUCUCCCUCUCCCGUUCUGCUGCGUCCACACCGGCCGUGAAGAUGCACCGGCACCGUCCUGCCCGGGGAUUGACGUUGUUAUUGCCGGUCGCUUUGUGGAUUUUCAGCCAUGUCAACUGUGUGCACGGAGCUUUGCCAACAACCCAGAAGUGUGAUGAGGCUCUAGCCUCUCCUCUGCCUCACACAGCCUUCACCAGCUCUUCUGUCUUCUCCAACGGAUAUGCACCCGGUUAUGCCAAGCUCAACAGGAGAGGAGGUGCUGGUGGAUGGUCACCUCUGGACAGUGACCAUUACCAGUGGCUACAGGUGGACCUGGGUUCAAGAAAGCAGGUCAGUGCCAUUGCAACGCAGGGCCGCUACAGCAGCUCUGACUGGACAACACGGUACCGUCUCCUCUACAGUGACACAGGAAGGAACUGGAAACCAUAUCACCAAGACGGCAACAUUUGGGCCUUCUCUGGGAACUCCAACUCGGAGAGCUCAGUUCGCCAUGAGCUGCAGCAGGGAAUCGUGGCACGCUUCCUGCGGCUCGUCCCCCUAGACUGGAGCGAGGAGGGACGGAUCGGUCUGCGCAUAGAAGUCUACGGCUGCUCCUACUGGGCGGGUGUCAUCAACUUUGAUGGACAGGGUGUAAUAUCAUACCGUUUUAAGGUGAAGAAGAUGAAGAUCAUUAAGGAUGUGAUUGCACUGAGGUUCAAGACGUCAGAAAGCGAGGGUGUGAUUCUCCAUGGGGAGGGCCAACAGGGAGACUACAUCACCCUGGAGCUUCGCAAGGCCAAGCUGCUGCUGCAGAUAAACCUGGGCAGUAAUCAGUAUGGCUCUAUCCUGGGUCAUACCUCUGUGACUACUGGCAGCCUCUUGGAUGACAAUCACUGGCACUCAGUUGUCAUUGAACGAUACCGUCGUAAUGUUAACUUCACCUUGGACAGACACACUCAGCACUUCAGGACCAAUGGAGAGUUUGACCACCUUGAUCUGGACUAUGAGUUGAGUUUUGGGGGAAUGCCAUACAGCGGGAAGCCAGUGGGAGGAGGGAGGAAGAACUUUAAAGGCUGCAUGGAGAGCAUCAACUACAAUGGAGACAACAUUACAGACCUGGCCCGCCGAAAGAAGCUCGACACCUCAAGCUUUCGUAACCUGACCUUCUCCUGUGUGGAGACCCACACCUUCCCAGUCUUUUUCAAUGCCACCAGCUUCCUGCAGCUGCCAGGACGAGCCAAUCACGACACAAUAUCUGUUAGCUUCCAGUUUCGUACGUGGAACCCAGAUGGGCUCCUAUUCUUCAGUAAUCUUGACGAUGGCACGAUGGAGAUCGCCCUCGAGGACAGCAAAGUUGUGGUUCAUAUCAAUGUGACAACGGAGUACAGGAACAACCGGGUCGACUUAUCGUCAGGUUCGGGCCUGAACGACGGCCAAUGGCACGCAAUACGUUUGGUCGCCAAGGAGAACUUUGCCAUGCUGACGAUAGAUGGCGAGGAGGCGUCUGCUGUGCGCUCCACCUCACCUCUCAUCAUCACCACGGGAGGAACCUAUCACUUAGGAGGGUAUUUUCUCCAGACGCUGUUCCCACCCACCCAUCGUUCCUUCCAGGGCUGCAUGCAAGCAAUCUUGGUGGACGACCAACCAGCUGAUUUGCAUGCGGUGGAAAAAGGCACUAUGGGAGCUUUUGAGAACGUCAGCCUCGACAUGUGUGCAAUCAUAGAUAGGUGUAUGCCUAAUCACUGUGAACAUGGGGGCCGGUGUAAACAGACGUGGGACAGUUUCAGCUGUACCUGUGAUGGAACAGGAUACACUGGAGCCACCUGCCACACUUCUAUCUACGAACCAUCCUGUGAGGCCUAUAAGCACCUGGGCAGAUCCUCUGACACCUACUGGAUCGACCCCGACGGCAGCGGACCCCUUGGCCCAUUCAAAGUCAAUUGCAACAUGACAGAAGACAAAGUGUGGACGACAGUCAUGAACAACCUGCCACCCAAAACUGCAGUGACUGGCUCCAGUAGAGAGAGACGAACCGUCUUACAGGUUAACUACAGCGCCUCUAUGGACCAGGUGACAGCCAUCACCACCAGUGCAGAAAACUGUGAGCAGCAAAUCGCCUACAGCUGUCGGAUGUCCAGACUGCUCAACACUCCAGAUGGGGCCCCCUACACAUGGUGGGUGGGUCGGGGCAGUGAUAAGCACUUGUACUGGGGGGGCUCAGGGCCCGGCAUCCAGAAAUGUGCCUGUGGCAUCGACAGGAACUGCACUGACCCCAAGUAUGAUUGCAACUGUGAUGCAGACCACAAACAAUGGAGAGAAGACUCUGGUCUCUUAAUAAAUAAAGAACACCUGCCAGUCAGCCAGGUUGCCGUGGGUGACACCAACAGACCGGGCUCUGAGGCUAAGCUGACUGUUGGACCACUCCGUUGCCAAGGAGAUAAUAACUACUGGAACGCUGCAUCAUUCACCACUCCGUCAUCCUACCUGCACUUCGCCACCUUCCAGGGUGAGACCAGCGCUGACAUCUCCUUCUAUUUCAAGACCAGCGCACCCUACGGCGUCUUUCUGGAAAACCUGGGCAACACUGAUUUCAUCCGCUUGGAGCUCAAAUCUCCUAAAGUCAUCUCCUUCUCCUUUGAUGUUGGAAACGGACCCGUGGAGCUGACAGUACAUUCAGCCACGCCCCUCAAUGACGACCAAUGGCAUCGCGUGAUGGCCGAGCGAAACGUCAAAGAGGCAGUCCUUCAGUUGGAUCAGACAUACAGGGCGUCUCAGCUCGCUCCUGCACAAGGACACACACGGUUAGAGCUGUUCAGCCAGCUCUACGUGGGUGCUGCAGGGGGGCAGAGGGGGUUCCUGGGCUGCAUCCGAGCCCUUCGCAUGAAUGGCAUCACCCUCGACCUGGAAGAGAGAGCAAAGGUCACGCCUGGGGUCAAGCCUGGCUGCCAAGGCCACUGUACCAGUUUUGGGAUGUACUGCCAGAACGGAGGGAAGUGUGUGGAGAGGUACAACGGUUACCUGUGUGACUGCAACGACACCGCCUACGAUGGCCCGUUCUGCACCAGAGAUGUUGGGGGUUUCUUUGAGGCGGGGACACUGGUCAAGUACAACUUCAUGCCCGAAGCAGUUGCAGGAGCCAGCAGGGACACAAAGAUCCUGACGCACCAGCUGACACCACACGAAGUGAAUCUCACAAAGGAGGAAGUGGCCUUUAGUUUCAGCACCUCCAAUGCACCAGCUAUCCUGAUGUAUGUCAGCUCCAAGACACAGGAUUAUCUGGCAGUGGUUUUAAGGCAGAAUGGUUCACUACAGGUGCGGUAUAACCUGGGAGGACUGAGGGAGCCUUUUUCUAUCGAUGUGGACCAGCGUAACCUGGCCAACGGACAGCCACAUAGCAUUAACAUGUCCCGUGUCGACAGAAGCAUCACCAUCCAGUUGGAUCAUUACCCUCCAGUCAGCUACACCCUUCCUGACGCCUCCGACACACAGUUCAACCUGGUCAAGACGCUGUUCUUGGGCAAAGUCUUUGAAACUGGACACAUAGACCCAGUGCUUAUUGAGCGCUACAACACCCCGGGCUUUGUUGGGUGUCUAUCUCGGGUACAGUUCAACGGCGUCGCCCCUCUCAAGUCUGCACUGAGAACAGUUGCACAGACCCAGGCUACACCGACAAACGGUCAGACAGACAGACAACCUGCAGCCGCCACGCCGGUGUCUUACCAGGGCAAACUGGUGGAGUCCAACUGUGGGUCGUCACCUCUAACCAUCCCACCAAUGUCUGCGGCCACGGAUCCCUGGCGUCUGGACAACACAGAUGCAGAGUUCCCCUUCAAUGAGGAGAGGGUGAUUCCUGAUGGAGUCAACAGAGACUCAGCCAUCAUUGGAGGUAUCAUCGCAGUGGUGAUCUUCACUAUCUUAUGUACUCUGGUGUUCCUCAUCCGCUACAUGUUCCGUCACAAAGGAACCUACCACACCAACGAGGCCAAGGGCAGCGGGGAGUCCGCCGGAGAAUCAGCAGACACCGCCAUCAUCGGCACCGACAACCCAGAAACCAUCGACGAGUCAAAGAAGGAGUGGUUCAUCUAACAGGCCAAUGGCUGGACUUUGAGAGAAGGAAGUGAUUUGUCAGACCGCCAGGUUCCGCAGAGAUGGAGGGGGUUUAAUUCAAUGACCAAUCACAGGAGAGAUGGAGGAAAGGCCAUUCAAUAGGACAAUAAUCUCCCAGAGAGGGCGGGAAUGUGGGAAAGAUGUGUACAGAAAUCUUUUUUUGUUCGUUUGUUUGUUUUUGUUUUUUUAUAUAUCCAGAGUAUUAGAAAGAAAAGAGGGACAGUUAUGCAGCGGAGCACGGCUGUAAGAGACUGUACAUGUAUAUACUAACCGGCUUGUCCUUCUUUGUAUCGUGCUUGGGAGUUUUCAGGAGUCCUUUGAAUACUGUAUAUGACAAAUAAUUAUACAUACUGGGUCGUGUGAUAGCACAGAUUUAUUGCCAGUCUCUGUUGCAUUUUGAUUUUAUUUUUUAACAAAAAUCUUAUAUCAAAAAUGAUCAAAUCGACAUGCCAAACCCUCUUUUGUUUAUUUAUCAGGCUGUGGUUGCACCAGUCUGUCAACACUCAUAUCCGUCCAAUGACAUGCCACUUAUAUUGUGGUAAUAUAGAGUUGAAUAUGGAUGCCAAAACUCACUUUGUAAAUACAAUAUUUUAUGUUAUUUUUUCUUUUUGUCAAAAGAUUUAUUCAGAGUUCAGUACAUAAAUACUAACGAGAAGUUUCAGAUCUAUAUUCCAGUAAUAUCAUAUGUCCGUCCAUUACAUUAUAUAUGUAUUAAAUAUAGAGUUUUAUGUUUAAAUCUUAUGACAUUCGAUUGUAUGGGACAUUCCUUUCUGAGGAAGAGCAGAGAGGGGUUUCUCAGAGCAUGAUGGGAAAUCAUGACACUCCAUGGUUGGUUUAGCUCAGCACAGCAGCUUUUUUUUUCUUUAUUUUGAUCCGGUGAAACCAUUAGCCUUUACUCAUUCAGACUUGAGCAAUCCGUUUGUUUCUUUGCCAAACACUUGAGUCUUACGUCAUUUACUGAUUGACUCAAAUUUUUGCAUUAAAUGUUUGACUUUUAAGUUUAGAAAAUUUUACAUCUUAGACUGACGUUGGGCUGCGGGUUUGCAAUGCGUGCAUGAAUCUGUGCGUAUAUGUGUAGGUCAGAUGAUUAGAAUUUGUUAUAUUGGACAAAAGGCAUACCAGAAGAGUUCUAUCGAUGCACUAAACUCCAUCCAUUCAGUGGUCGAAGCAGCAUAAAACACAAAAAAUCACUGACACCUAAUAUUUGUUCAAGAUCUGGGAAAGGUUAAGAUGUAAUUGGCUUUUUAAUCCGUUGUGCCUUUAAGGUGUUGAGCCAUUGCGCCUUGCCCCAGACCACUUAACACAUACCUGCUACAAUAACUCACUGCUGCUGCAUGAAUUCUCAUUAAUCAGAGUUUUCAGGUGUCUUUAUGUUUCCUGAUUUGACUGGUGCUGUGUUCAAUUAAUAUAAAUCUCAGUCAAAGCUUGUUCUUAAAUUCAGAAUGUGUGGGUGAAAAGUUUCUCUCAAAUACUAAGUCUGACUCUUUCAGUCAUAGCUGUGUACGUUCUUCUGCAGCAGGAGAAGUUACAAUGACAUAUAGAGCUGCACGCUAUACAAUACACAACAAGUUUACACCUACCCUGUGUGACGCACAAACACAUACAAACAUGCAUGUUUGAUAGAGCAUGAGUCAAGGUUGUUCCUUCAAUUACAAGAGCAACAAGUUCAGAAUGAGGAGGCUGCUGCUUUGUCCAUAAUGAAUUGAGCUUCACUCUAACAGUGCCACUGUUGUCCAACAUACAAGAUGUACUAUGUAUAUUUUCUUACCAUGUUUUCCUAUCAUCGUUGCGUGUGUUUACCUUACCGUAGCAUUUACACAACAAUGUGUUACAGUUGAAACCAGCUGCCAACUUUGUUAUUUAGUCGUGAAUUUGCUUUCUGUAUGUCUGAGUGGUCAAAGUGUUGCCAUGACAUCCUGUUACAUGAAUGAUUUUGUACAUCAUCGUCGCCUCAUGGUUGAGUUCUAACUGUAGAUCACUUUACCACAGACACUAGGACAGCUGGUGAACUCAGCCUGCCUUCUACCGCGGCCUCAAAGAAGACUUUCUCCGUCCACGCAUCACAUCCAUGAAGGCAAACCAGUGACUUUCCUUUUUUUAUUAUUCUAUUACUCAGACUAUACAUAAACACUCACACACGCCCUUGAUAUUUGGUUUUGAACAUUACGGUGAUAAUGGAUUAUCAGAUCUAACAGACAUAACCCAUAUGUUUUGCUUUCAGUUCUAUUGAGUUCAAUAAAGAGUGUUUGAUCUUUAA